CCCAAUUUUUUUUAAGCUGUUAUACAAAACUUUACAAUUAAGCCUUUUAUUCUGAAAGUUGCAACCGGAAGUAGACUCUCUUCAGUGCUGUGAGCAUGACGUCAGUGUGAGGUGCUCCGGCUCUGGAGGUGGAAGCAGUUGAGUCUCCUCAGUCAGCCGCCGGCGCCGCCUCCUCUCCGCUGCGGAGGACAGAGGACAGACCCUCAGCUGCACCGGGACUCAAGGGCCAAAGAGAGCGGAGUCUCCACCCGCCACUGCUGCUGCUGCUGCUGAGCCCAUUUGGGAGAUCCGUCCAGGCCUUUUUUCUUCUUCUGUGUGGACCGUCCAGGACUUAUCACCACUUGCUGAUCUACACACAGCCGAGGUCGCUAUGUCUGUCUGAAGUCCUGUAUCUUCCUGCAGCCAUGAUGGUCCAACAAAGCGCGGAGCUGUCCCACUGCUAGGCGACGGGGCAUCCGAGAGGACAGAAGACAUGUUGGGACAGACGCCCGGGGACCACUGCACUGAGUUCUGUUACUAUAGCAAAUACUGUAGUAACCAUGGAAAUGCUAUGGAGGACUGGUCUGGUCUGCAGUGUCGUCAUCGUCAUGGUUGCUACAGAGGUCACAGGAGGUCAUAGAGAUGAGUUCGCUGAGUCACAAGCUGCCUUUCUCACCAGCCUUGGCCAGUAUGAGAUUGCCAUCCCAGUACGUGUUGGACCGAAUGGAGAAACUCUGGAUACAGAAACGUCCCAACACCGUAGAAGAGGGCGACGCAGCACUGAAGACAGGCUGCCUGACUCUCUCUUCUACCAGCUCUCCACAUCACGAAACAACUUCCUGCUGAACCUGACGCUGCAGGGAGGCCUCCUGUCUCAGCAGUUCAGGGUGGAGUACUGGAAGAGAGGAAGAUUAGCCUGGAGUCAUCCCUACUCUCCUCACUGCCAUUAUGUGGGACACCUCCAAGACCAGCCUACCUCCAGCAAAGUGGCCUUGAGCAACUGUAAUGGCCUGCAGGGGGUGAUAGUUACAGGGGGAGAGGAGUACCUGAUUGAACCCCUUGUCUCACCAGAUAAUCAGACCAGGACGGAGAAGGGGGAGAGAGCAGAGGGGCGCCCCCAUGUGGUUUACAAGCGGUCAUCGCUCCGCCAUCAGUACAAGGGCCAAUCCUGUGGAGUCAUUGACGAGAAGCCGAUGAAAACGGCGUCAUGGUGGCAGCGGACUCUAAAAACACCUCCCCAUCACGUCGGACGCGGCCAGCUGCCUCUGAAGCGCUCGGUCAGCCGGGAGCGCUACGUGGAGACGCUGGUGGUAGCUGACAAGAUGAUGGUGGGCUACCAUGGCCGCAGAGACAUCGAGCAGUACAUCCUGGCUGUCAUGAAUAUUGUUGCCAAACUGUUCCAGGAUUCUAGCCUGGGGAACGCAGUCAACAUCGUGGUGACACGGCUCAUCCUGCUCAUGGAGGACCAGCCAACACUAGAGAUCAACCACCACGCUGGGAAGUCUUUAGACAGCUUCUGCAAGUGGCAGAAAACCAUCCAGCACCGGAGCAGCUACGGCAACGCCAUACCAGACAACGGGAUCGCUCACCAUGACACAGCUGUGCUUAUCACCAGAUAUGACAUCUGCAUCCAGAAGAACAAGCCCUGUGAAACCUUAGGUCUGGCUCCUGUGGGAGGGAUGUGUGAGCCAGAGAGGAGCUGCAGCAUCAACGAGGAUAUCGGCCUUGGAACAGCUUUCACAAUCGCCCAUGAGAUAGGCCACACGUUUGGGAUGAACCAUGACGGGAUGGGGAAUGCCUGUGGUCCUCGCAGCCAGGAGACCGCCAAGCUGAUGGCUGACCACAUCACCAUGAAGACAAACCCCUUCAUCUGGUCGCCCUGCAGCCGGGAUUACAUCACCAGCUUCCUGGACUCAGGUAUGGGUUCCUGCCUGAACAACAUCCCCCCUAAGCAGGAGUUUGUGUACCCGACCACAGCCCCGGGUCAGGCCUACGAUGCAGACGAACAGUGCCGCUUUCAGUACGGCGUCAGAUCUCGACAGUGUAAAUAUGCGGAAGUCUGCAGCGAACUUUGGUGCAUGAGCAAGAGCAACCGUUGCAUCACCAGCAGCAUUCCUGCUGCAGAGGGAACCAUCUGUCAGACCAACACCAUAGAGAAAGGGUGGUGCUACAAGAGGAUGUGUGUGGUGUACGGGACUCGUCCGGAGGGCAUAGAUGGGGGCUGGGGUCACUGGUCUCCCUGGGAGGAGUGCAGCAGGACCUGCGGAGGAGGAGUCUCUUCUUCUAUCCGACAUUGUGACAGUCCCAGGCCAACCAUCGGUGGAAAGUACUGUCUGGGGGAGAGGAAGCGCUUCAGGUCCUGUAAUAUUGAUGAGUGUGCUCCAGGCUCCCGGGAUUUCCGAGAGAUUCAGUGCUCUAAUUUUGACAGCGUUUCUUUCCGUGGAAAGUUUUACACCUGGAGGCCGUACAGAGGGGGUGGUGUAAAGCCCUGCUCUCUGAACUGCCUGGCUGAAGGAUACAACUUCUACACCGAGCGUGCUCCAGCUGUGGUGGACGGCACACCUUGCCGUGACGACUCUCUGGAUGUGUGUGUCAACGGAGAGUGCAAGCACGUAGGCUGUGACCGUAUCCUCGCCUCAGACGUUCGCGAGGACCGCUGUCGGAUCUGCGGGGGUGACGGGAGCAGCUGUGUGUCUGUGGAGGGACUCUUCAACGACUCGCUGCCAGAAGGAGGUUAUGAAGAAGUGGUCAGGAUCCCUAAAGGCUCCGUUUUCAUCCACAUACAAGAACUCAACAUCUCCUUAAACUAUCUGGUGCUGAAGAGUAAAGGAGACCAAUACUUCAUCAAUGGGAAGCUGACCAUUGACACACCACGCAGGUUCGACGUCGCAGGGACCGUCUUCCAUUACAGGCGGCCCACUGAUGGACCAGAAACUCUGGAGGCUCUGGGGCCAACAAACAUGACCCUGAUUGUCAUGGUGCUGGUGAGGGAGGAGAACCCAGGGAUCCAUUAUCGCUUCAACCCCCCACUGAGCAGGGACCCUCAAAACGGCUUUGCCUGGCACUACACAUCCUGGUCCCGCUGCUCAGCUCUCUGUGCUGGAGGUGUGCAGAUUCAGCAGGUGGUGUGCAGGAAGCAAGGAGAUCACUCGAUCGUCUACAACCACUUCUGUGAUAAGAAGAACAAACCCAAAGAGAAGAGACGAACCUGUAACACUGAGCCAUGCUCCCCUACCUGGUGGACAGGAGAGUGGUCGGAGUGCAGCCGCAGCUGUAACGGCGGCCUGCGGACUCGGGAGGUUUUAUGUAAAAGGAGGAUCUCCACGGCCGAGGAGAAGGUCCUGGAUGACUCCGCCUGCUCCUCCCUGCGCCCGUCUCUCACUGAGCCCUGCAGCAACCACAGCUGCCCCCCUGAGUGGCUGGCCCUGGACUGGUCAGAGUGCACGCCCAGCUGUGGUCCUGGCUACAGGCACCGUGUGGUCUUGUGUAAGAGCGGAGAGAGUGGGGAGACGCUGCCAGAGUCCAAGUGCCCCAAACACGGCCGGCCCACCUCCAGGGUGCGCUGCAACCUCCAGCGCUGCCCUCCCCCUCAGUGGGUGACUGGUCACUGGGGAGAGUGUUCGGCCAAGUGUGGUCUGGGUCAGCAGAUGCGCUCGGUGCAGUGUCUAACCCACGUCGGCCAGCCGUCCAAUGAGUGUCUGGAACAUCAGCGGCCAGCAGCCAUGCAGCAGUGCAAGAGCAAAUGUGACCUCAGUCUGCCCGUCAAUACUGACAACCCUGAAGAGUGUAAAGAUGUGAACACUGUGGCCUACUGCCCCAUGGUGCUCAGGUUCAAGUUCUGCAGCCGUCCGUAUUUCAGGCAAAUGUGCUGCAAGACGUGCCAGGGACACUGACCACACGGACACACAGCCUGCCUCUCUGGGGUCACGCACACACACUCACUCACAGUAAACCUGAAAACCCUCCCACUGAGCCUUUUACAGCAGCCCUCACACUGCCUCCGUCAGAGGAGGGUUAACCGGGACGCUGUCAGACUGACACCCGGUCCCGUUACUGGACCUUUUUCUAGCCCGAGCCAGUCUCCUCUCUGGUGCCGGGCUGAGUUUUACAUUCCACUGGAGGGGAGGGCUGCUGAAACCUGGAGAGACAUCGUUUCUCUAAGGAUGAACUCUCUGUCUCUCAAAACGAUCCCUCUGUUGUAAUAUUUUGGUGCUACUAUAUUUCAGUUUGGCCGCAGGGUUGGUCUCCGUACUCUCUCACACCUGGAUGUCAACAGGUGAUACUUGUUUAGUCAUGAAUUUAAGAAAUCCACUUUGUAAAGAAAAUGAUUUUCCAGAUAUCUUCGUCCAUAAAAAGGAACAUCAUACGUUAUAAAUGAAAGGUUUGUUUUUGUUAUCUAAUAGUUCUUACUUGACCACGAUGUUUUUAUGCCUUUGUUUCGUAUCAGACGUAUUCAUUGAGUCCUCCUCGCUGUUACUCGGCUGAAGUAUGAGCAGAGUUUGAAUUGCACAAAGUGUCAGCAGUUGGAGGACUUGUGUGUGUUUUAUGUUUGUGUUGAUGUGAUUUGACUUGAUUUCUCUGUGGAAGCUAUAAAUGAGUCGCUGCAGUGAAGCCGCCAUCGUCUUGCCAUUUUGGUUCGUUCGCUAAAAUGCUAUCAGCUCUACAGAAACACGGGACACACAGUGACACGGUCAGCGUGUGUAAAACCAGUGCUAACUCACAGGGACAUUUUCACAUAGGAGCCGUGUCCACUAAGGCGUUUUGUUUUUGUGCUGGGAGCGCCCACGACCU